AUGGGUUCAGAGAAUAUAGAGUCUACAGCUCAAUAUUUCCCAGAUAUAUAUGAAUUUGAAGAAUUCAAUGAUUUCAGUGAUGAACCACCCGCUUUGAGUGAAUGGGGGUUGAAAAAGAUUGCACAAUUACAAAUUAAAUUAGAACAAUUACAAUCAAUAAAAGAUUCGAAAUCAUAUUUUGGUGCUAAAUAUAAUAUGCAUAACUUUUCAAGAAAUGAAUUGUAUGGUUUAGCUAAUGAAGUUUUUGGUUUUAAUGGUUGGUCAACUAAAAUAUCAAAUUAUAAUAUAAAUGAUGUACCAUCCGAUGAUGAAUCUAGAUUUUCUGCAAUUUGUCAAGUUACAGUUGAAUUAUUUUUAAAAGACGGUACUUUUAAAGAUGGAAGUGGUGUUGGUGAAGCUUUAAACUUACCAUUUAAGUAUCAAUGUUACGAAAAAGCUAAAAAAGAAGCAGUAACUGACGCUAUUAAGAAUGCUAUUUUGGGUCUAAGAGAAGUUUAUUACGAGUAUGAAUUAAAAUUAGAACAUAAUUAA